AUGAGAGAAGGCAAAUUCUUCAACCGCUUAGGCUUCUUUUUUAUCAUCGCAGUCUUCACUUUGUUUCUAAAUGAGGCAAUCUCUGAAGAGUACAUUGUUGGUGAUGAUGAGGAGUGGAACAGCCAGGCCAACUUCUUAUCUUGGUCAGAGAAAUACAAUUUUAGUGUUGGAGAUGUUCUUGUUUUCAAAUACGUAAAGAAGCAACACAAUGUGUAUGAAGUAGAGGAAGAAGCGUUUCGAUCAUGCGAUGCAAGUAGCGGUGUGUUGGCAAAGUAUGAUAGCGGAAACGACCGAGUCAAGCUCACUGAAGCCAAGAAGUACUGGUUUCUAUGCAAUGUUGAUGGGCAUUGCCUUGGUGGGAUGAGAUUUAGAAUUGAUGUGAAACAAUCCAGUACUCCCUCUGAUACUACUGAUUCCGCCAAUGUUUCCCCAUCUUCUCAACCAAAUGAAAUCCCUGCAACCCCACCAACCAGUUCUUCUAGAUGCACUUUGUGGAGUGAAAGUUGGAAAACUGUGAUUUAUGUUAUGGCAUUUGGGAUGUUGUUCAAUCAUUUAUGGUACGGACAUGUAAUGAUUUUAUUAUUGUAAUACUUGGUGCAGUAUAACUUUCUUUCCAGGUCUUUGUA